AAAAAAGACGAAGCCUUCUGCUUGAGGCGUUUCCCUCUGUGUGAUAUGUGCUGGAAAUGAAGACCCUGCCUGCCAUGCUUGGGACCCCAGCGUUACUUAGGGAACUCUUAAUCCUCAAUCUGGGCCUCUGGAGCACCCUUUGUCAGGAACCUACUAAGAGUAAUGGUGAAGUGUCAUGUCAAAUACAACUUAAUGUUAAGAGGAACUCAGAAUACACUGUCUCAACAGGAGAUAUUUUAAAAAUUGAAUGUCCCGUGACGUACUGCGUUCAGAGACCUAAUGUGACUUGGUGCAAGCAGCAUGAAACAAACUGUUUACCCCUUGAGGAGCGACCUCAGCUACACAUGAAUUGGGAAGAAAAUGACCGGGUUUCAGUUUUUGUUCUCUACUUUAAACAAAUAAAUCUCAGUGACAACGGGUUAUAUAGCUGUUCUACAAACUUUAACUCUGAUGUUGUUAAUAGCCAUGCAAUAGCCGUCCACGUGAAAGAAAGGGCUCAAAAGUAUUCAGAACACCCUCUAACAGUGUCUGGCAUCCCAGAUACCACCAAUGCCUCAGGACCACCCACCAUAGAAGAGAAGCCAGGCAGGACCUGGCUGCUUUACAUCUUGCUUCCUUUGGGGGCAUUGCUUUUGCUCCUUGCCUGUUUCUGCAUGGUCUGCUUUCUGAAAAGGCUCCAAGGGAAAGAAAAGAAGCCUUCUGACUUAGCAGGAAGGGAAAUUAAUCUGGUUGAUAUUCCAGUGAGUUCCAGGAUGAAUUCCCAAACACUGCCAUCAGGAGCUGGGGUUUAUGAUAAUGAUCCCUGGUCCAGUGUUCAACAAGGGUCUGAAUCCACAACUAACUCACAACUGGAGCAAGGCAAACAGGGUGUUGUUUACGCUUCUUUGAACCAUUCUGCGAUUGGAAGAAACCCAAGACAGGCAAGCAACGUGCAAGAGGCCCCCACAGAAUAUGCAUCCAUAUGUGUGAGGAGUUAA